UUUCCAAUGAUCCUUAAAAAUGAAAAGUUGAACAUGUUCAACUUUUAAUUUUUCAAUGACAUUUUUUUUCUAUUGUUUUAAAUCGAAUCCAUUGUUUUCGCACACGUGUUUGUUGCACGCGAUGUAGUUUAGGCGUAAAUAUAGAUAAAAACAAAGAUUUGAACAAGUAAUUCACCCGAGAAUGAAGACGCAAGAAGCGACCGAAAUUUUUUUUGAGAUUUGGAGAAGCCAGCCCAGUUUGUGGGAUGUUAAAUCCCCGUUUUAUAAGGACAGAAACGAGAAGGCAAAAAGUUAUGAGAUAUUCAAAGGCAGACUAGGAAUGGAAGAGAAAUUAGUGAGGAGUAAAAUAAAUACACUGCAAAGUUAUUUCAGCGCAGAAUUGAAGAAAGUAAACAACAGCAACAAAUGUGGAGCAGGACGAGAUGAUGUUUACGAAAGUAAAUGGCCAUACUUUCAGUCCUUGCUAUUCCUACGUGACUCCAUCGUCCCAAGAAAAACAACUUCUUCGAUGGUGGGUAUAAAUUUCAGACAAAUUUGUCUUGCCAUGGAACAGCACCGGUGGAGUUAAAGUACGCACAAAAUUUAUCCCCGAUAUCUUUCGCAUCAUUUCUGUAGUUGUUCAGAUGUUCAGAACACCGCCCAUUCAAUCUCCGAUCCCAAGGAACUCUUCAACACAUGCCACACAAAAUUACCCACCCUUUGUGUCUCCGCUGUUAUCGCCUGUUUUACAGAAUAUGUACCCAC